AUGGUCUCUCCGCGAACUCCAGUGAUGAAAAGAUAUGGGCCAUCGAAGUCGGCGGGGACGAGGACUGACUUAAUACACAAGAGAUUUGAACCUGGUUUAAUUGGUGCUGGAUUUAUUACUAACGGUGAAGAGGUGUUUGGCGGUUAUAUGAGGGGGCACGAGAUCGGUGGAAAUGGUUUUGAUACGGAGCCGGAGGAGGGUGAGAUAAUUUCUGACGAGGUGUUGAUGCAACGGGCCCCGGCGGCCUUUAGGAGAGCGGAAUCGAGGCGUGAUGGGGCGGUAGAAAUGGAAGAACGGGAAUGGCAAGUAUGGAACAGGCAUCAGGCGAUGGAGCGGGAGAUUGAGAAGCGAGUGAUAGAGCGGGAACGGGAGAGGGAGAUACAAAGGGAGAUAGAAAUUGAUAGGCAGCGACAAUUGGACCAGCGAAGACCGAGUCCAGCCCGUAGCGAGCGAAUUCACCGAAGCCCGAGCGCGAGCAGAACUCGUAGUGGUAGCGGCGGGACACGAAACCGAAGCGGAAGCGGAACAGGAGGGUAUGGAUUAGGCGUAGCUAAUAUGGGGGAACCGGGCUUCCCAGGAGAUAGCAGUUUCGCCCCGGCGGGCUACUCAUCCUCCGCCAACUCCUCCCCUAAAAUCUCGCACUCAUCCGCAACUUCCUCUUUGCGGCUGGAUCGGCCAUAUAGCCGUCAAGCCCGGGAUUCUCGAAUGAUCGCAUCAUCAGAUAUAGAACAUCACAUGCCCCCUCGCUACGCCCGCGACAUCAACCCCUCUUACACAUCCUUACCUUCUGCCUCUGCCGCUCACCCGCGUGUCACGGUCCCAUUAUGCUCAACCAUUUCCUCCUCCCCCUAUAGAGCAAACCUAUCCCCCUCCCCAUCAUUCGUAGAACCAGCAUCUACCACUUCACCGUACCGGAGAUCCAGCUCUCUUAACAGAAACGUUGGAUCGACGGCUAGUUUCCCGCCUGGGGCAAGUUAUCAUCCGGGAAUGCAUCCUAGCAUACCAGGUGGUUCCGGGUGGGCGGGGAGUGAUCGAGAGGAUAGUAGCAGCGGGGGCGGGGGUGGGAGGUCGAGAGUUAGGAGGGGUUUGUAGUUAGGUUUAUCGGUGCUUUUUCGGUCGCCUCUUGUUAGAUUUCUAAAGGGUUUCUUUUGUUUUUGUCCUUGUUUUGUUGGUUUUCUGAUAUUUUUCCUUUUUUCUUAUCUUGUUUUUGUUAUUGUCAUGUUUAUGUAGGGUUGGUUGGUUGGUUGUGCGAUUAGCGGUGGUUGAAGAUGGGGAGUAAAUACAUACAUUCGGUUUGAAGAGGAGUACUGGUAUUGUUGGAGCAUAAUUUUUCUUGUCUCGCAUUUGUUCUCGUAUGUGAAGUUGGGAUACCGGUGUGAACAAGGGCAAUUGGAUAGGGUAGUCUUGGGGAGUUGUAUGGUGUUUUCACCAGUGGGGUAUGUCCCAUAUUAGUGGAGGGCUGGGUAAACAGAAUUUUCCGCACAAUUAGUGCCUUUA